ACAUUAUGAGAUAAUAUAAUAAUAAUCAGGAAAAUAAUUUGUCAAUAGGCCUAAUGGUAAAAGAAGUAGCCCAAAUCCUUCCAAAGUUCCAAAUCCUUGUCACUGAAAGUCUACAUCAAAGUUAAGUUAUAAUUGCAGUAUGGCACAUAGAUAACCAGCUAUUCAGUGUCUACUUCAUUUAAUAGGCCUAAUGGUAAAAUAAGUAGCCUAAGCCAAAUCCUUCCAAAGUUCCAAAUCCUUGUCACUGAAAGUCUACUUCAAAGUUAAGUUAUAGUUGCAAUAUGGCACAUAGAUAAAUUCAAUGUUGGUCUACUUUAUUUAACAAUUUGCUGUGUCAGUUUAAGUAAUUUCUGGUUGUUACGCUAGAUUGUUGGCAUAGUCGUUUUAACAUAAGUUGAUGAAACUUGCAUACAACCUACAAUCAUGUAAUUUCUUUUUUUAUGCUACGUCUAAAGUUUUUAGCAGUGGACAACAUGCGCGCUUUCGAUUUUCAUAGAGGAGGUGGAGCCUCUCCAUCUCCAUAUUCAAAAGCUGGGAGGCUUUUCUAGGCGGCCCGCUGCUGUUGCAGUUAUAAAGAGAUGCUCUUGGUCUCUUUAAGACAAGACAAAUUAACGGCUUUCACAAAUAAUUGGCUUAAGGGGUGUUGCCACUCUCUUUAAUGUAUAGCAUCAGCACGGCUUUGGGUUGACUUUGACAAGCGUUGCACGCGCUACGGGCCCUCUAGACGAUGAUGGAAUACAUGAGCGACAAGUUUGCCAUGAAGAGUCAAGCACUUAAGGGCGAUUACUACAUGGGAUCUGGGGGAACGCUGGACCAAGUCAUGGACGGUCUGGACGCGGUGCAGUACUACAACAAGAGUUCGCCCAAAUGUGUACAGGCCUUCUCGUUACAGAAUUCGGACCACACGCGGAUUGACCGAUCCUCGCCCUGUGACAACCAAAACACAAAUUACUGUACUCCUAAAAGCGAGGAGGACAGCUUACACUCGGAUUUGUCGAGGCCUAUGGACAACUGCUGCAAUCUGAGAGCGUCGCCAGUCGCGCCGGGCUCGGAGAAAACGGACCUGGAGGAAAUCGGCGAGAAGUGUGACAGCAAUGUGUCAAGCAGCAAAAAGCGUCGGCACCGCACCACCUUUACCAGUGCUCAGCUGGAGGAGCUAGAGAAGGUGUUCCAGAAGACGCACUACCCGGACGUGUACGUGAGAGAACAGCUGGCCAUGCGCACAGAGCUCACGGAGGCCCGAGUCCAGGUCUGGUUUCAGAACAGAAGGGCAAAAUGGCGUAAAAGAGAGCGGUAUGGGCAGAUUCAGCAAGCAAAAAGCCACUUUGCUGCAACUUACGACUUAUCUGUGCUACCGAGAACAGACAGCUAUUCUCAGAUCCCCAACAACCUGUGGACGGCCAACUCCCCUGGCGGCUCGGUGGUGUCCUCCUGCAUGCUCCCGCGCGGCUCCCCACCCUGCGUCCCGUCCCCGUACCCCCACUCGCCCCGCGGCGCUGACCACACCGGCUAUGUGGGCUUCCCCAACCACCAGCAGAACCAGUUCGGCGUCAACCACGUCUCCAUCAACAACUUCUUCGCCGACUCGCUCCUGGCCCCGCCGCCCAAUGGCCACCCGGCCGCCUUCGAGACCAAGCCCGAGUUUGAGCGGCGGUCCUCCAGCAUAGCCGUACUCCGCAUGAAGGCCAAAGAGCACACGGCCAACAUCUCCUGGGCCAUGUGAGCUGACCGCCCAGCCCAGCCCACACUAGCACAGACUCUAAACACAGCCAGGGUAAUGUGAACUCAAUAACAACAUUAACGAUAAUAACUGAUGAUGAUGAUGAUGAUGGCAAUAACAGUAAUAUUAAUAAUUAUUAUUAAGAGUGAAUGUCGGAGGUAGAGAGUGAGCAGGCGCUGGACUACCACAGGGACGCGAUGGUUGUCCUGCCUCAGACUGCCACAUCCUCGCACGGGCAGCAUGUUCUGGAAGCUUCCAUUGUGUCACAGCAGGAGAAUUGGAUGUGUCUGUGCUACAGGCUGUAGUUUUGGCUUCCACACACGGCACAGUCACUGCAGCGUCGGAACAUCUGACAAAGAAGCUGUUGUGUCUCUAGUAGGCAAAUGUAAGGUGCAAUAAGUGACUUUUGUCCCAACACAGAAAUACUCUAUGUCCACUAUAAUCCAUCUCUGGAGAUAUAUUGACAACAUUUGUGUAAAUGCAGAGACAUUGGCCUUGUGUCUGAAAAAAGAGGAUUUACGAGAUGUUUGGGACGUAUCUGAGCACUGUCUACGUAAAAGACAUGCCGUUAAAUGAGCCAGCCGUUAACUCUGCCGUCGGGAGGGUUAAGACUUGCGCCAUAUUGUUCCAUCUGCUCUGUCUUGUCAGAGGUUGUGGUGCUCGGAGAAGAAACUGAUGUACUAACCCGGUCUGCAGACCCAGCAGAAGGAGUGAGAGCUCUCUGUCUGUGGCACAGCCAAACCUCCUUGAUAAUAUAAUUUUUGUCAAAGUUUUAUCAAAUUAAAUGAUGUAACACAAAA